AUGGCUAGGCAGCGCAAGGUCGUCACGCCCGCCGGCAACAUCAAGCUGCGGCAGCCCGACCGCAACGCCCCCACCGAAAAGACGCUGCUCGACUUUGCCAGCGAGCGCAACCUCUUUGAGCAAGCCGCGCGGCGCGAGCGGCAGCUGGCCCGCGAGAAGCAGCGCAGCGAGGGCGUCGCCGCUGACGACGAUGACGAUGACGAUAGCGAUGCCGACGACGACGACGAGGCCGCCACGCUCUCGCCCGGCGCCGAGCGCUUCCUCGAGUCGAUGCUCUGGACCGUCUCGCUCGCCAUGCUGCACUUUACCUUUGACGUCCUCGUCCAGCACCAGUACGGCACCCACAUUUCCUGGCCCGACGUCUGCAUCCGCGCCGGCACAGCUUGGCUGGUCUUCCUCUUUCUCUUCUACUUCCUCCACCCGCACGCCUCGAACCCGGUCCUCGUCCCCGGCUUGCCCCUUCGCUACCAGCGCCCGCUCGGCCAGGCCGUCUUCUUCAUCAUGAGCGCACUCUCUGGUUGCUACCUCAUCUACAUCACCAACACCUACGGCUAUCUCGCUACCAUGAAGCAGGCACCUACGCUGGGCUGCCUCUGGCUAUGGGCCGUUAUGGAGCUCGACCUCGUCACCGCGGUGUUAAGCCUUGCCAUUGCCGGCGUCUUUCUGUGGCAAGGCGGAUACGACAUCAAAUGA